CACUCACCAGCUGGCAGGGCAAAGGGUAGCUCCCUGCUGAACUGGCUGCGAGCACAAACCACAGUCUACUGAGACAGUAGACAUUGAAAGCAAGCUGUCUGCAGUAGGAGCUUCUGAUCCAGAGGGUCCAGCUGUAUCCCCAGGCUCUCCUCCUGAUCUUCUGGGUCAGGAUAAAGGAACAGCCUGGGCACCAAAAAUGGAUGAAAAGGAUGCCCUAACUCAUUCUGAGUAGUCAUCAAAUGUAUACCUCAUGCUUCUUAUGAGGAGAGCACAUGUAGAGACACUGUUAUCUCUGCAGCCCUCACUUUUCCUGAGAAACUCUGGGUACUGGUCGAAAGUUACCAAUUUAAGAGCAUUUGGUGGGGUCAGAAUGGAAGCUGCAUUGUAAUUGACCAAGAAAUGUUUCAGAUCGAAGUACUGGGAAAGAAAGGAUCUUUGAGAGUGUUUGGGACAGAAAGCAUGAAAAGCUUUAUUCGUCAACUUCAUGUGUACGGAUUCACAAAAAUGCAGCGUGACUCCAAAAGAUCUGCCUCACUUCCCGAGUUUCUGGCAGAGGAAGAGGCAAUUGCUGCUCACAGGAAGUUACUUUGCUACCACAACCCAUACUUCAGGAAAGAUCACCCAGAGCUGCUGGAACUCUGCAAGCACAGAGUUGCCCAAAAGAGAAGAGCUGUGGCUGCCCCCAACCCACAGGAAGAGCUGAAUGAGGGCUCCCCAAGGAGCAGCCCAGAUGCCCAGCCCAUGGAGGGAACAGCUGCUGGGCCAGAGAAGAGUCUGCUGACAGCAGAUCCACAUCAGGCAUACAGUCAUUGGCAUCCAUGAGGCCUGCAUCCUAGCAUGGCACCCUAGCACGGAACCCAUUGCACAGAGCAGGAACAGCAGCACCCAUUUAUAGAUGUAUAACUUUGUACUUUACAGACAGAUAUUUCUGUAAAGAGGAUGUUUCAAUAAUAAACCUUCUCUGUUGCCAUCUUUCAUUCAUUUA